GCUAGGUUAACAGAAUAACAGAAAAGGGUGUCAACUGGUUGUUCUCCUCUAAUAGUCCAGCAUAUGUCGGCAGUGGAUCCCUUAGUUGUGGCUCAUGUCAUACAAGAUGUGUUGGAUCCAUUUACACCAACCACUCCACUGAGAAUAGCCUACAAUAAUAGGUUACUUUUACCAGGGACUGAGCUAAGACCAUCUGCAGUUGUAAGCAAGCCGCGAGUUGAUAUUGGUGGUAAUGACAUGAGAGUUCUCUACACCCUGGUACUGGUGGAUCCGGAUGCCCCAAGCCCAAGCCACCCAUCACUAAGGGAGUACUUGCACUGGAUGGUGGCAGAUAUCCCAGGAACAACUGGUGUCAGCUUCGGCCAAGAGCUUGAAAUUUAUGAAAGACCAGAACCAAGAUCUGGUAUCCACAGGAUGGUAUUUGUGCUGUUCCAGCAACUAGGUAGGGGGACAGUUUUUGCACCAGACAUGCGACACAACUUCAGCUGCAGGAGCUUUGCACAUCAGCACCACCUCAAUAUUGUGGCUGCCACAUAUUUCAAUUGUCAAAGGGAAGGUGGAUCGGGUGGAAGAAGGUUUAGGCCAGAAAGUUCUCAAGGGGAGUAAAGACUAGACAGCACAGAGUUCACGCUGACAACCGAACUGUAGUUAGUGUUGCAUCACAAAAUGCGCACUAUAUGGAAUGUACUGUACAAUCUAUAUGUGCAAUAUUAUAUGUAUCUUAAACCAUGAUGGCAUACCCAUGAAGAGCUUGAUGGGAUGUCUCUCAGUUAUUAAUAUAUUUGAUGAUAUGAUCCUGCAAA